GUACUACUGCCUACCUACUCCAUUCACUUCACCUGAAAAUCUCCUGUUUUGGAUUCCUUAAGGGCAAUUGCCAUUACUAUAUCAAUCAUGCCUUUCAGUGAUCAUGCCCCUCGAUUGGGCUUUCUGAAGGAUGCUGCCAACUCCCUGGAGCUGCUCAGUCCUUCCACUGCGGCUCAUCUGAUGGCGGUCCAUAACCAAAUCUAUUUUGACGAAUUAAGGCCACUGCGUCAGAGACAUCAAGAAGCUUCCUGUGGUGCUUGUGGCAGCAUCCGAAAACCUGAGUGGACUAGAACCGUUCACAUCAAGAAAAAGACCACCAAACGCAACAGUUCCUUAGCAGCUCCAGACGGUGCCACUAUCUACAAGUGCCUUCGGUGCCGUCGACGGACAGUGAAGCCAUCUCGAAGAGAGCCUACCCGCCUUAACGCUCCACCUAAAGUAGCUGCAGCAACAGACUCUACACCUUCGACAAUCCCUCCUGCAGUGCAGUAUUCAGCUCCUACCGAAGAGAAAGAAACUACUAGUAAGAAAGCUGAUAACGCUAACAGCAAGAAACGAGCCAAGGCAAGAAAACAGGGUGGAUUACAAGCACUUUUAGCGUCUAAGCAACAGUCUCGAUCUAAUUCCUCUCUUGAUCUAUUUGACUUCCUCCAGCAGUAGAAGCCUGUACUCUAAUCCUAUAUUUUUUUAUGCCAAGAUCGGAGAGUCGGCAGUAUUUUGUCCGAUAUCGAUUGGGGUCUAGCGCGGGGUCUCUAUCAGCCAGAGCUCUCCAGACAGCUCCGCCCGCACUCAACCAUCUAGCU